AUGGAAUUGUCUAAACAACGGAAAAACAGAAGGAAUAGCAGUAGUAAUUCAGUGCCACAACCAUUAAAAUGGCCUCCUCCUUCUGGGAGUCUCCAUGCGCAAUAUAGACGUGCCGCUGUAGCAACUGAUCAUGGUGCUUUAGAUAUUAUGAUGGAAGGCGGAAAUUCCGUUGAUGCUAUGAUCGCAAGCUUUCUCUGUAUCGGAGUCAUUAAUCCUCAAUCCUCGGGACUUGGAGGCGGAUUUUUUAUGACAAUAUACAAUACAAGCACUCAAGUAAUAUAUUCCAUUGCUGUACCAGGAGAAUUACAUGGUUAUUGGUCUGCGUUUACAAAGUUUGGUUCAUCUCGUGUAUCCUGGAAGAGGAUAUUUGAACCGGCUAUAAAACUGGCGAGGGAGGGAUUUCCUGUCUCAUCCAACUUGGCAAUGGUUUUGCAACAGAAAGAAAGUGACAUAAAUGAAGAUGAAGACAUGCGUCGCGUGUUCGUUGACAAGAAAACGGGUCGAGUCUACGAAGAGGGUGAUAUGAUGAAGCGGGAGCGUCUGGCAGAAUUGCUGGUUGAGUUGUCAGAUUCACAAAAUCCUGUUGAAUUGUUUUACAAAGGUGGGAUAGCGCAAACUUUGGCAGCUGAAAUUAGAGACAAUGGAGGAUAUAUUACAGUUGAAGAUUUCGAGCAAUACGAAUCAGUUUUGCAUGAAGCUCCGUUAGAAAGUGAGCUGCUUUCAGAGGAACUGGUUAUGUGUGGCCCACCGCCUCCAUCUUCAUUUGCCAUCACUCAAUCUAUCAUCGGCAUUAUGGCCCACUUUUACCGUAAUGAAGAGGCAAACUUGGACGAUCCACUAGUUUAUCAUCGACUGAUUGAAAUUGAGAAGUUUGCCUAUGCGCAGAGAACAAAACUGGGCAAGCUUGAUUAA